AUGACGAACAAGAAGGUGGCAUUGGAGACUCACCUCCCCGACAAAAUUGUCUUGGUCACUGGGGCGUCCUCCGGCCUUGGCCUCGAGUUCUGCCUCGAUCUCGCCGCAGCCGGCUGCCGGAUUGUCGCGGCUGCACGUCGGACCGAUCGGCUCGAGUCCCUAUGCGAUCAAAUCAACGGGCAAAUUGAUGGAGUGAGCAAUGGUGGCUCGUGUCGAGCCAAAUCUGUGGUGCUCGACGUCACGGCGGACGGCCCAACUAUUGAGGCCGCCGUCGAGAAAGCUUGGUACGCAUUCGGGCAUGUCGAUGUGUUGAUCAACAAUGCUGGUGUGAGAGUAAACGAUGGCCCUAUAGGGCCUAAGAGACCAGCACUGGAGCUCUCAAACGAGGAGUGGCACAAUGUGGUGAAAACAAACCUCACAGGCUCUUGGCUGGUUUCCAAGUACGUUGGCGCACAUGCGCGCCGCGGCGGCUCCAUCAUCAACAUUUCAUCCAAUGCCGGCCUAAGUCGAGUUUAUCAAGGUUUAUUGUUUUGGCAGAUAAUGGCGCUAGAAUUGGGAGCGUACAAUAUCAGAAUGAAUUCGAUUGCUCCGGGAUUGUUCAAAUCGGAGAUGACGAUAAAUUUGAUGAAGAAAAAAUGGGUGAGAGAAGGAGAAGAUUUGGAACGUGGGAUCCAGCACUCAUCACAUCUCUCCUUCGUUAUUCAUGAUUCUUCUGCUUACGUUGACGCUGGCUACACACUUCCUGCUUAUGAGUCGAAAAAGAUCCAAGAUCAAUAA